CCCAGAGGCCCUUUCCAAACAGUGCAGAGGGUCGUGCACAGGCUUUUGUGUUUUGAGGCGAACAUGCCCUUGUGGACAGCCCUCACCCCAUAUCUGUCGGUGGGAAGCAGCACAAGAGGAGACCCGGCCUGAGUUCGCUGUGGCCAGCUGGAAGGGGGCUCAGGAGGCUGGGCAGGCUCCCCGUUGCAGCGCACCCUCAGCUUCCUCCUGGGCAUGACCGGAAAGACCAAGACCCGGGAGAAGGAGAAGAUGAAGGAGGCCAAGGACGCCCGCUACACCAAUGGGCACCUCUUCACCACCAUCUCCGUCUCGGGCAUGACCAUGUGCUACGCCUGUAACAAGAGUAUCACAGCCAAGGAAGCCCUCAUCUGCCCGACCUGCAGCGUGACCAUCCACAACCGUUGUAAAGACGCACUGGCCAACUGUACCAAGGUCAAGCAGAAGCAACAGAAAGCCGCCUUGCUGAAGAACAACACUGCCUUGCAGUCUGUUUCCCUUCGCAGUAAGACCACCGCCCGGGAGCGGCCAAGCUCUGCCAUCUACCCCUCCGACAGCUUCCGGCAGUCCCUGCUAGGUUCCCGCCGCGGCCGCUCCUCCUUGUCGCUAGCCAAGAGUGUCUCCACCACCAACAUUGCUGGACACUUCAGUGACGAAUCCCCCCUGGGGCUGCGCCGGAUCCUCUCCCAGUCCACAGACUCCCUCAACAUGCGGAACCGAACCCUGUCCGUGGAGUCCCUCAUUGAUGAAGGUGCAGAGGUGAUCUACAGCGAGCUGAUGAGUGACUUUGAGACGGAUGAGAGGGACUUCACAGCUGACUCGUGGAGCUUGGCCGUGGACAGCGGCUUCCUGCAGCAGCAGAAGAAGGAGGUCAUGAAGCAGCAGGAUGUCAUCUACGAGCUCAUGCAGACGGAGCUGCACCACGUGCGGACGCUGAAGAUCAUGACCCGGCUGUUCCGCACGGGGAUGCUGGAAGAGCUGCAGCUGGAGCCGGCCGUGGUGCAGGGCCUGUUCCCCUGCGUGGAUGAGCUCAGCGACAUCCACACACGCUUCCUCAGCCAGCUGCUGGAACGCCGGCGCCAGGCCCUGUGCCCCGGAAGCACCCGCAACUUCGUCAUCCACCGCCUGGGGGACCUGCUCAUCACCCAGUUCUCAGGUCCCAGCGCGGAGCAGAUGCGUAAGACCUACUCGGAGUUCUGCAGCCGCCACACCAAGGCCUUAAAGCUUUAUAAGGAGCUGUAUGCCCGCGACAAAAGGUUCCAGCAGUUCAUCCGGAAGGUGACCCGCUCGGCGGUGCUGAAGCGGCACGGGGUGCAGGAAUGUAUCCUGCUGGUGACCCAGCGCAUCACCAAGUACCCGGUGCUGAUCAACCGGAUCCUCCAGCACUCCCACGGGACCGAGGAGGAGCGCCAGGACUUGACCACAGCACUGGGGCUGGUGAAGGAGCUGCUGUCCAACGUGGACCAGGAUGUGCACGAGCUGGAGAAGGGCGCCCGCCUGCAGGAGAUCUAUCACCGCAUGGACCCUCGGGCCCAGGCCCCGGUGCCUGGCAAGGGCCCGUUUGGCCGCGAGGAGCUUCUGCGGCGCAGACUCAUCCACGACGGUUGUCUGCUCUGGAAGACGGCAACAGGCCGCUUCAAAGACGUCCUGAUGCUGCUGAUGACGGACGUGCUGCUGUUUCUGCAGGAGAAGGACCAGAAGUACAUCUUUCCCGCCCUGGACAAGCCCUCGGUGGUAUCACUGCAGAAUCUGAUUGUGCGGGACAUCGCCAACCAGGAGAAAGGGAUGUUUCUGAUCAGCGCUGCACCCCCUGAGAUGUAUGAGGUCCACACAGCAUCCCGGGAUGACCGGAGCACCUGGAUCCGCGUCAUUCAGCAGAGUGUGCGCGUGUGCCCGUCCAGAGAGGACUUCCCCCUGAUUGAGACAGAGCAUGAGGCUUACCUGCGUCGAAUCAAGACGGAGCUGCAACAGAAAGACCAGGCCCUGGUUGAGCUGCUGCAGGAGAAGGUCGGGCUGUUUGCCGAGAUGACCCAUUUCCAGGUGGAGGAGGACGGGGGCGGGUUGACCCUGCCCGCCCUACCCAGGGGUCUUUUCCGCUCCGAGUCCCUGGAGUGCCCCCGUGGCGAGCGGCUGCUGCAGGAUGCCAUCCGUGAGGUGGAGGGUCUGAAAGACCUCCUGGUGGGGCCCGGAAUGGAGCUGCGCCUGGCACCCCGGGAGCCAGCCUUGCCUGUGGACCCGGACAGCGGCGGUAGCACGAGUCCUGGGGUCACUGCCAAUGGGGAGGCCAGAACCUUCAACGGCUCGAUUGAGCUCUGCAGAACCGACUCAGACUCUAGCCAGAAGGACCGGAAUGGAAAUCAGCUGAGAGCCCCCCAGGAGGUGAGGUGGGAGCCUGCUGGUGUAGCAGCGGAAGGGAGGGUGUUGUGGCUGAGGAAUCGGAGCCCGGUGUGGGUGCUGUCGGGGAAGGAGGCGCUUCAGCGACUGGUCAGUCUCUACGGACUUCUGCACGGCCUUCAGGCGGCCGUGGCCCAGCAGGACACCCUGAUGGAAGUGCGGUUCCCCGAGGGCCCCGAGCGGCGGGAGAAGCUGGCCCGGGCUAACUCUCGGGACGGGGAGGCUGGCCGGGCCGGGCCCGCCCCCGCGGCGCCCGACAAGCAGGCCACGGAGCUGGCGCUCCUGCAGCGGCAGCACGCUCUGCUGCAAGAGGAGCUGCGGCGCUGCCGGCGGCUGGGCGAGGAGCGCGCCACUGAGGCCUGCAGCCUGGAGGCCCGGCUCCGCGAAAGCGAGCAGGCCCGCGCCCGGCUGGAGCGGGAGGCCGAAGAGGCGCGCAGGCAGCUGGCCGCCCUGGGCCAGAGCGAGCCGCCUCCGGCAGAGGCCCCCUGGGCCCGCAGGCCCCUGGACCCGCGGCGCCGCAGCCUCCCGGCGGGCGAUGCCCUGUACCUGAGCUUCACGCCGCCGCAGCCCAGCCGAGGCCACGACCGCCUGGAUUUGUCUGUGACCAUUCGCUCUGUCCAUCGACCCUUUGAGGACCGAGAGAGGCAGGAGCUGGGCAGCCCCGAGGAGCGGCUGCAGGACAGCAGCGACCCCGACACGGGCAGCGAGGAGGAAGGGGGCAGCCGCCUGUCGCCGCCCCACAGUCCCCGAGACUUCACCAGAAUGCAGGACAUCCCGGAAGAGACCGAGAGUCGCGACGGGGAGCCUGUGGCUUCAGAGAGCUAAGGGGGCCCCUCCCCCCCCGUCCUGUGCCCCCAGGAAGGACACACCGAGGGAGGCAAACUUUGGGGACUCCAAUCUGCCAAUGGCGACGGAACAUUCGAAAGAACUGCUGACUGCCCCUGCCAGCUCUUGGGCUCCUUGGACGCCUGGGGCCCUUAGGAAGCUGGGGGAAUUGGGCCACAGUGCCCCCUGCUGGCAUCCAGGAGCUACACCACAGAUGCCAAUUUUUCAUGCCUUCUUCCCUCUACUUUAGGAAAAUUUAUUUAUUUAUUGUUUAUUAGUUACACAGGAGUGGGGAGAUUUAGAGGACCAGGGACACGGGAACCAAGCCAUAGGGAUCAGGGGGCCUUGUCCUGUAACACUACUGGGGUUUAUUCAGGGUUAACCACGCGGCUGCUGGGUUCUAGCCCUGACCCCCCCUCCCCAGCAACACCGACUUUGAGGAGAGGCUGCGCCACAGGACCCUGCGGCCCUUCUAGAAGGGCUGUGGGUGGAGCCGUGCCUCCCUCCCCUCCCCAGCUCACUGCUGCUCUCCCUUCUCUCCGUCCUCCGUGGAGACCCCAGGGAGACAGCCUGGCUCCCCGGAGUCGGGGGGAUGGAGUAGAGGUUGAGUGGGCACAGUGGCUCUGUUGGGGGGCGAGGGGGAAAGCCCACGGGACCAGAAUGUUUUUUGUUGUCGUUUUCUUUUUUGUACCAAAGCCAACUGCACGUGUUUUGUAUUUUUAAGAGAUGAUUGUAGGCAAUUAGAAAUCACAGCCUUCUAUCUCUGCUUAUCAGAAGAGCUUGAGGGGUGGGGGGAACGACGUCCCCCCAUCUGCAGUAACGGGGGACCUACUCUGACCUCUUCUCCAGCCAUUUGGAAAACAUGUUGUAGGGUGAGUUGGGAACUCUCUGUGAACCCAGACUGCAUCCCCACCUCAGCAACCACGACUGAAACCUCAGUGUGAAUUUGGGGGAUUUUCCAGUGGACCCCCAGUGCCCACCAGCCCCAGCCGUUUUCUGCCAGUUUGUUAAAAAAGAAAAAGAAAAGAUAAAGCAGGGAAAAUUAAAGACCUGGAACCCCCACGAA